UUAAUGUACCGUCAUCAAAAUACCAAGAAAUCAAAGACAGGUCUCCUCCCAUACAAUGCACCAGGAAUGACCCAUGCAAAGCAGUGAACUGCCCGUUUCAGGACUUUCAUCCCUCAUAUUACAUUAACUGUGUUAAUGUCCAAAGCCUACGUUUACUUGAGCCGACUCCAACUGAGGAACUUCCAAAUGCAUACCCUAGAAGCAAUUGCAAAGAUUGCAGACAUUUCAUCAACUUUAAUUUUGAGGGUGGCUCUCAAACUAGUGCAGUGAAUGGGCGCAAUUUCAUUCUCCCUUCUUUUCCUCCUCAAACCCAAAAUGAAGAGUUUGAAAAAUAUGACAUAAAGUGUAGCCUUAAGGCCGACUGCAAUCCAUCGACACCCGAGUGCUCAUGUGUCCAUGUAAUAGAUAUUCCCAAAGGGGAAACUAUUCAACUGGUGCUUACAGCAAUUGGUGCUUACCACAACGCCCAUCCAAUUCAUCUUCAUGGCCACACAUUUCAUGUUGUUCAUGUUGCAUAUCCAGAGUAUAACGGCACAACUGGUUUUGUUGGAAACCACAACAGCGAUAUAUACUGCGAUGAUAUCCACUGUACCAAAGAGGGCUGCGACAAAAGGAGAUGUAGCAGACCAAGUUGGAAAACAGAACCGAAGUACUUUUCCAUCGACAGCCGUACGGUCAGAAAGGACACAGUUAUGGUUCCUGCUGGGGGAUACGUUGUCAUCAAUUUCCUAUCUGAUAAUCCUGGUUACUGGUUUCUUCACUGCCACAUAGAGGUGCACCAGCUCGAGGGAAUGGCAAUGAUUGUCGAUGAGACCGGUGGCAAGCCGAUGCAGCCUCCGGCAGGGAUGAACAAGUGUGGAGACUUUGAGAUAAGUGUCGACACUUUUCGCUCGUACGGCUCCAACAUGAUCUCUUAACUGAAUUAGGGAAGGUGCUAGCAUUCUCAGCAGCCAUUGGUCUCAUGCUAGUAAUUAGAAAACGCUCUACUAAAAGGCGGACUUUUGUGACUCUUUAAAGUUAAUUACUCAAAGACGGUAGCGUUACGUACAUGUAUUGAGGAAAUGGAAGAUAGAUUGCAAGGGAAAGGACGGGAUAAGAAGUUUGUUGUAGACUUAUGGAUGGUUUAUAUAGUACGCUGGACAAAAAUGUUCUGGAUCGACGCUUUACAACAAAAAAUUAGAACAAACUAGGUGACAAAAAUUUUGUGAUUUAGUAAAACUUGAUGAAAUUCCACACAUGGAAAGCUAUUUUAUAUGAAUCACGCAAGGAAGGCUCGCGUUACAGCAUUUCCAAAUUUGGUAACUGAAUCACAAAAGUAUGCAAAAUCACGUGAUAUCUGAGAAACAAGAGUCACAUUUGAAGUGUUGUUUUGCGAAGAAGAUCGUUUCGUGUUGGUGGAUUUUUUUGUUAAAAAUUUGACAAGAAAUUAAAGCAUGAGAACGACUUGCAGCUUAUUUGGCCACUGAGACACGUUUUCGUCUUCUGAAAUUGAUCUUCUUUAAAGUCCUUAAACUGUUCUUGUCACUAGAUCGGUCUUCCACAUGUUUUGAAGAUGGCUGCCUGUAGCUCGUGCUUCCUACAAGCCACAAUUGUACAAAAUGCUGGUGUGUGAAAGGAUUGUCGGCCAAGAACUUGAAACACUGCUAUUUGUGCUUUUAUUAAAGAAAGUUUCCGGACUUGUCUCUGGGCUGGACUCAUCUACCAGGAGCUCGCCAUUUUCACGCAUUUUCUUCCAUAACAGCUUUGUUUGUUUGCCUUGUAGCGCGGCUUUGAUGUAUCACAGGAUUAUAGUGCUGUUGAAAUGGAUUAUCGCUACUUACUCAGGCCAUCUCACCGAAUUCAUGAAAAAAAAAAAAAAAAUAAAAAUUCCACAAAAGCGUAACAAUGUUCUUCGCUCAACAACAUUGGUCUAGCGCAACGAUGUACACCAUAACUAUUUUUUCUUAGAAAUCGUGUAAUUUUCUUUACUUUUGUGAUUCAGUCCGCAAAUUUAGAUGCGCUGUAACGCAAGGAAGACUUGCGUGAUGUGUGAGAAAAUAACUUUCCAUGUGUAGAAUUUAAUAUGGUUUAAGACAAUUACAAAAUUAUUUGGAUCGCCUCGCUUGUUUUAUUUUUUGUUGUAAAACGUCGAUCCAGAACAGAUUUGUCCAGCGAACUAUUUACGAAGGAAUCCACCGUAAAGGCCAUUUUAGUUUAAGGCGCCACUACAUUAAAAACGACCUUUGCUGUUGAAAAAAGAUUAGUAAGUACUACUAGACUAACACCAAUCAAAACAACUGGUUAGAAGUAAUCUGGGACACAAUGAAAUGUAAUAUUAAAUAUUUAGUAUUUGGUGACAACGGUUAUCAACAUUUGUUAUAUUUACUGAUUUCUCAGAUUUGAUAAUCUUCAGCGUCACACAGAAACAUUUUUACAUCUACAGCUGGAGAUUUAUGUGUGAACUACAAGUAAUAAAGUUGUUGAUUGACAGACA